UCGUCUCCAGCUACCGUGGUUACCGUUGGUGUUUGCGAAUUCCCUGCAGCGCUUUCUUGACUUCGGCUUAGUGUUGCCGGGCUCCAGCAGCGGUUCGAUACGUACGCGCCCGCGUCACGUGGGUCGCGGCUUCCUCGCGGUAGCUGGCGGGCGACUGAGCCAGAAGGAACGCGCUGCGGCAGCCGCUGGCCCUCCCUCUGCGCCCCAGGGCGGGCGCGCGGGUAAAAAUGGCGAAGUGGGGGUAGCCAAAGCGAUGGGGCUCGCAGGUGGGGAGGUCGUCGGAGCUCCCUGACGUCGGCGUCCGAGUAUUCUCGGCGGUGGAUCUGGCUGGAGACCUCAAGCCGGCGCCUAGUAGGUCAGACCACGGACUCUGCGGGUCGCCGAGGGCUCCGCCGAGAGCCGGAGGCAAUGGAUGAACAGAGCGUGGAGAGCAUUGCUGAAGUUUUCCGAUGUUUCAUUUGUAUGGAGAAGUUGCGGGAUGCUCGCCUGUGUCCUCAUUGCUCUAAGCUUUGCUGUUUCAGCUGUAUUAGGGUAAGUUCUAUUCUUUUUUCCAUGGAUGUUUCAUUUGUAUGGAGAAGUUGCGGGAUGCUCGCCUGUGUCCUCAUUGCUCUAAGCUUUGCUGUUUCAGCUGUAUUAGGCGCUGGCUGACAGAACAGAGAGCUCAGUGUCCCCAUUGCCGUGCUCCACUCCAGCUACGAGAACUAGUAAACUGUCGUUGGGCAGAAGAAGUAACACAACAGCUCGAUACUCUUCAACUUUGCAGUCUCACCAAACAUGAAGAAAAUGAAAAGGACAAAUGUGAAAAUCACCAUGAAAAACUGAGUGUGUUUUGCUGGACUUGUAAGAAGUGUAUCUGCCAUCAGUGUGCACUUUGGGGAGGAAUGCAUGGUGGACAUACCUUUAAACCUUUGGCAGAAAUUUAUGAGCAGCAUGUCACUAAAGUGAAUGAAGAGGUAGCCAAACUUCGUCGGCGUCUCAUGGAAUUGAUCAGCUUAGUUCAAGAAGUGGAAAGAAAUGUAGAGGCUGUAAGAAAUGCAAAAGAUGAGCGUGUUCGAGAAAUUAGGAAUGCAGUUGAGAUGAUGAUUGCACGGUUAGACACACAGCUGAAGAACAAGCUUAUUACACUGAUGGGUCAGAAGACAUCUCUAACACAAGAAACAGAGCUGUUGGAAUCCUUACUUCAGGAGGUGGAGCAUCAGGUGUUGCGGUCUUGUAGUAAGAGUGAAUUGAUAUCUAAGAGCUCAGAGAUUCUCAUGAUGUUUCAGCAAGUUCAUCGAAAGCCCAUGGCAUCCUUUGUUACCACACCUGUACCACCGGACUUUACCAGUGAAUUAGUACCGUGUUAUGAUUCAGCUACUUUUGUGUUAGAGAAUUUCAGCACUUUGCGACAGAGAGCAGAUCCUGUUUACAGUCCACCUCUUCAAGUUUCAGGACUUUGCUGGAGGUUAAAAGUUUACCCAGAUGGGAAUGGAGUUGUGCGUGGUUACUACUUAUCUGUGUUUCUGGAACUCUCAGCUGGCUUGCCUGAAACUUCCAAAUAUGAAUAUCGUGUAGAGAUGGUUCAUCAGUCUUGCAAUGAUCCUACUAAAAAUAUCAUUCGAGAAUUUGCUUCUGACUUUGAAGUUGGAGAAUGCUGGGGUUAUAAUAGAUUUUUCCGUUUGGACUUACUUGCAAAUGAAGGAUACUUAAAUCGACAAAAUGAUACAGUAAUUUUAAGAUUUCAGGUGCGAUCACCAACUUUUUUUCAAAAAUGCCGAGACCAGCAUUGGUAUAUCACUCAGUUGGAAGCUGCACAGACUAGUUAUAUCCAACAAAUAAACAAUCUUAAGGAGAGACUUACCAUUGAACUGUCUCGAACUCAGAAAUCAAGAGAUUUGUCUCCACCAGAUAGUCAUGUUAGCCCACAAAAUGAUGAUGGUCCAGAGACACGAGCUAAGAAGUCUGGUUCAAGCUCUGAUAUGCUUCUUGAGAGUGGUCCUACUACAGCUUCUGUAAGAGAGGUCAAAGAGGAUGAAGAAGAUGAGGAGAAGAUUCAGAAUGAAGAUUAUCAUCAUGAGCUUUCAGAUGGAGAUCUGGAUCUGGAUCUUGUUGGUGAAGAUGAAGUAAAUCACCUUGAUGGCAGCAGUUCUUCUGCCAGUUCAACAGCAACAAGUAACACAGAGGAAAAUGACAUUGAUGAAGAAACUAUGUCUGGGGAAAAUGAUGUAGAAUACAACAACAUGGAAUUGGAAGAGGGAGAACUCAUGGAAGAUGCAGCUGCUGCAGGGCUUCCAGGUAGUAGCCAUGGCUAUAUGGGUGCUGCUACCAGAAUGUCAAGAAGAACACAUUUAUGCUCUGCCGCUACCAAUAGUUUACUAGACAUUGAUCCUUUAAUUUUAAUACAUUUGUUGGACCUUAAGGAUCGGAGCAGUAUAGAAAAUUUGUGGGGCUUACAACCUCGCCCACCUGCUUCGCUUUUGCAGCCCACAGCUUCAUAUUCUCGAAAAGAUAAAGACCAAAGGAAGCAGCAGGCAAUGUGGCGAGUUCCCUCUGAUUUAAAGAUGCUAAAAAGACUCAAAACUCAAAUGGCUGAAGUUCGAUGUAUGAAAACUGAUAUAAAGAAUACACUUUCAGAAAUAAAAUGUGGUGGCAAUGCUGCUUCUGGAGACAUGCAAACAAACCUUUUUUCUGCUGACCAGGCAGCUUUGGCUGCAUGUGGAACUGAAAACUCUAGCAGACUACAUGAUUUGGGAAUGGAGCUCCUGGCAAAAUCAUCAGUUGCCAGUUGUUACAUAAGAAACUCCACAAAUAAGAAGAGUAAUUCACCCAAGACAUCUCGGUCCAGUGUAGCAGGUAGUUUGUCACUUCGAAGAGCAGUGGAUUCUGGGGAAAAUAGUCGUUCAAAAGGAGAUGGUCAAACUCUGACUGAAGGCUCCCCAGGAAGCUCUCAGUCUGGAAGCAGGCACAGUUCUCCCCGAGCCUUGACACAUAGCAGUAUCAGUGACAUACUCCCCAAAACUGAAGACCGGCAGUGUAAAGCUUUGGAUUCGGAUGCUGUUGUUGUUGCAGUGUUUAAUGGCUUACACAUGGUUGAAAAAAGGAGGAAAAUGGUCACCUUGGGGGCUAAUGGUAAAGGAGGUCGUCUGGAAGGCAUGCAAAUGACUGAUUUGGAAAAUAAUUCUGAAACUGGGGAGUUACAACCUGUAUUACCUGAAGGAGCUUCAGCUGCCCCUGAGGAAGGAAUGAGUAGCGAUAGUGAUAUUGAAUGUGACACUGAGAAUGAGGAGCAGGAAGAGCACAGCAGCAUGGGUGGAUUUAACGACUCCUUCAUGGCACAGCCCGCAGAUGAAGACACUUGUUCCAGUUUUCCUGAUGGUGAACAAAUAGGCCCUGAAGAUCUCUGCUUCAAUACUGAUGAAAACAGUGGAAGGUUGAAGAGCAUAUUAAAGUCAGGAAUGCAGACAUGUUUGUCCUCCAUUUUCCUGCGCAUGUUUUUGAUGGCAUGGAUUGAUGUCUCAUAAUAGAGCUGGGGUCUCCUGCGGAGAGGGAAGUCUUUCACCCAUCUGCAGCAAAUCUCGUGUAGUUUGCUGAAGACAGAACGGGCCAAUUUCACUGUCUCAAUCUCUGUGAAAGAAACACAGAAAUCCCCAAUCAAGAGCCUUGUAAAACUGCUUUUCACUUGCCUGCUUGGUAAAACCAGAAGUAGGUCACCUUAUUCAAGCUCCUUCUUAAUAUAAGAAAUUCAUCUUUCUCAGAGAGAAAUGAAAUGCCUCUUCUAAAGAGAGAAAAUGACAACUAAUCUAGUCAGCAGCUCCCACUAAGAUAUCCACGUCAUGAGGAGAAAACCUCUGGCCAAGGCUGGAUCUAUUCCUAGACUUCGUUUCCUCCAGCCUGGGAGAUUACUUCUUUGGCCCCUGUUCUCCAGUUCCCUUUUGGUUGGCUGUCAUGGUUAUCAACUGGAGAGCCAAGGAAUAAUGACUGAAAUAUGAACAGUGGUUAUAUAGCUAAUUGGAAUAUGAAUGGCCUAUGAAAACAUAAUUUACAAACCACAGGAAUAAGAAUUUACCUUGAUUACCAUUUAUCUUUGUCUCUCUUCAUGACCUCUUCCUUUACCUGCAAUUCCCUAAUGCUUUCCUUUCCUGUAACUGUUCAUAAUUUGGAACUGAAUUAUAUAUUUUGUUAUAUGAUGUAUUCUUUAAAGUUUUAUGGUAUUGGUCAGCAAAUGAGUUAAAAGUCUUAUAUUUCUGUAAGGAAAAAAAAUACUUAAAUUUCUGUCUUUGUGUGUGAUCCUGGAUAGAAAAAAGGACAUAGCAAUCAGAGGAGCAAAAUAAGGGGUCUUCAUUCUAGACUGUGGGGUUGACUACUUGACUUAUUAAGCACAACAAACUCGAUGGACUUAUGUGGAAGCCUUUUAAGCAACUCUGACAGCAGGGAACUUGAAUGGAAUUGAAGAGAUUGUAACCUACAGCAAUCAAGUUGUCCUCUACUCAGAUUGCAGCUAUUGAAAUAACCAAAGAGAAAUUAGUUUUCUUCAGGCCAGUAUUUUAGAGGUUUCACCUAUCUUCCAGGUUAAAAAAAAAAAAAAAAAAAAAUAGAACUCGCCAAAUUUUUUCUUUACUAAAUUAAACAUAGCCUGACAGCCUGAGAAAAUUUCUACUAGAUGGGCAGUGGUUGUACAUGCCUCCUCCAAUCUAGAACACAAAUCCCAAAGAAGAGACAUUAUAUGUUCUAGAACAGCAUGGGAACUUGGCUUCCCAUUUUCUGGUCCCUGAGCCCUGCCUUUGCUUUGAUCUGUGACUAUAUUCAACAUUCUUUAAAAAAAAAAAAAAAAAAAAAAUUAUAUUUAGAAA